GAAAGGCACUGCAUUAUUAGAGGACAGUCAACGCCCAAUGCAUUCUGGUCCCUGUGCAGAAGAAACGGUUCGGUGUCUACAGGAAUUUGAGGUGUCCAUCCAGCCUCCAGAAUCACUCGGUUUUCAUUCACUGACAAUCGAAAAGCAGGUUGAAAGAGCGCAACAUGUCUCAGGCGGAAAAAAUGAAACAGGGUCAGUUUACCAAUCCAGAGACCCCGGGGUAUGUGGGCUUUGCCAACCUUCCCAACCAGGUGCACCGCAAGUCGGUCAAAAAGGGCUUCGAGUUCACCCUCAUGGUAGUUGGUGAGUCUGGUCUGGGGAAGUCCACACUCAUCAACAGCUUGUUCCUCACUGAUCUCUACCCAGAGAGAAUCAUCCCUGGAGCAGCAGAGAAGAUUGAGCGCACGGUUCAGAUCGAAGCAUCUACGGUUGAGAUCGAGGAGCGAGGGGUGAAGCUCCGCCUCACCGUGGUGGACACGCCCGGAUACGGUGACGCCAUCAACAGCCAGGACUGUUUCAGCACCAUCAUCGCCUACAUUGACGACCAGUUUGAGAGAUACCUCCACGACGAGAGCGGUCUGAACCGCCGGCACAUCGUGGACAACCGUGUUCACUGCUGCUUCUAUUUCAUCUCCCCGCUGGGCCAUGGGCUGAAGCCUCUGGAUGUACAGUUCAUGAAGGCCAUCCACAACAAAGUCAACGUGGUCCCUGUCAUCGCUAAGGCUGACACACUCACCCUGCGAGAGAGGGAGCGGCUCAAGCGCAGGAUCCUGGAUGAGAUUGAUGAGCAUAGUAUCAAGAUCUAUCACCUGCCUGAUGCAGAGUCUGACGAGGACGAAGAAUUCAAGGAGCAGACCAGGACUCUCAAAGCCAGUAUUCCCUUUGCGGUGGUGGGCUCCAACCAGCAGAUCGAGGCCAAGGGAAAGAAGGUGCGGGGUCGCCUGUACCCCUGGGGCGUGGUUGAAGUGGAGAACCCCGAGCACAACGACUUCCUUAAGCUGCGCACCAUGCUGAUCACCCACAUGCAGGAUCUGCAGGAGGUGACCCAGGACCUGCACUACGAGAACUUCCGCUCGGAGCGCCUCAAACGGGGCGGCAGGUUGUCCUCCCAUGGUUACGUUAUGUCUCCUGCGCAGGGACAGGGCCAGGGGCCUGAGCCGGAGGAAAUGGACAAGGACAUGAUCCUGCAGGAGAAGGAGGCUGAGCUGAGGAGGAUGCAGGAGAUGAUUACCAAGAUGCAGGCUCAGAUGCAAAUCAAGCCUGAUGGCGCGGGAGAUGUCCAGCAUGUGUGAAAUACACCACGGUUUUCAAGCUGUUAUUUGAGCUUGACCAGACAUGGAUGGAAGGAUUGCGGAAGAGAAGGGUGUGGAGAUGAGCGAUAACUGGUCUUUGUCUUGUACUGCUUGCCACUUUUUAGUUUAUUUCGCUCCUACUUGGAAUUAUUUUGAGUUUUUAUAUUUUUAUUUUUAUAUAAGCAGUAUUAUGUUUUAUAUUUACACUUUAAUAUUCCAUAUUGCUUAUUAUUAAUUUCUUCCAUACUAUUGGACCAUGCCAGUUAGUCACCAAAUGGAGAAUAACCCUCCUUUAACCUGGAGUAUGCUCUUAUUAUAGUGGACAUUGUUACAUUUUUUUUUUUUUAUGUUGAGAAAGCUGAAAGCUGCUGCUCUUCAAGGCUGUCCACUUGGGCCCCAUCUAAAACCACUCACAAAAUGGUCAAUCAUGUUGCCAACUGUGGCUCCAAGUUCCAAGUGGGAAAGGACAACUUAGUUAUCAACUCUCUUCUGUCUUUCAUGGAGCCAUACAGCUAAAACCAUAAUGUUUUUUUCUUUAAUGGUUGUCAUGCCAAUGUUGGAGAAUUAUUUUAAAGAUAUUUCUUAAAGAUCUAGUCUUUUGAAAAGCAGCUAAAUUAUUUUCUUAAUCCAUGGAUUCAUUGACAGGGUUCUUUCUCCCACUCCCCUCUGCAUGCAACGCUUAACUCUGUCUGAUGUUGUGUUCUAACGACUGGUUAUGACUGAAAUGCAUGACACUGUGACCUUCCCAGUCAUCCUGUAGCCCUGAACCAAUGAAGGAGACAUACCUUGGUGUUUUUUUUACUGUACGUGCCUCUAUAAAUCCUGGUCCUGUAAAGUGUGAGUAGGAGAGCAGAUCUAGAAUCCGUCUAGUCUUUUAGAUCGUUAUGAAUAUGGUCAUAUAGACUGACGGACCUACCUUACAAAAAAAUUGCAUUGUAACUGCAGUCGACUGUGGUAUUUUGGACACGGUCAUUUCAGAAUAACUGCAGUUACAUUGCAACAUUACUGCAGUAAGAAAGUGUUAUUUUGGAUACUGCAUACCUCAGUUAUACUUCAAUCUGUUUUUUGUAAGGGCUGAUCCUAGAUCAGCACUCCUGCUCUGAGACUCUCUAAAUAUGGGCCCAGGCUCCCUAUGCCCCCAGGUUUUAACAUAUUGUAAAGUGGUUUGAUAUUUGAGGUGAAAGUCCUGGCCAACUAAAAGUAAAUUGAAUUACUGUGAUGUUCGGACCAGGCUCAUGUAUUGCAGGUGACAUUGCUUUUCUUCGUGUGUGUCUCCCAUGAUAUUGAUGAUUGUGGAAUAAAGUGCAUCCAGUCUGUGAGAGGUCAUGCUGUAAAAAGGCACACUGUACUUCGUGCUAUAUGAUAUCUAUCCAUAUCUUAUGUUCUUUAUGGCUGUGUGUCAAUGGGUUAAGACUGACAUUUGGAUGUUGGACAGGACCAGUUAGUUGCUAUGGCUAUCGUCAUGGUGAUCUGGUUUCUUUGUCACCAGCUUUGCCCAUAUCUCCCUCAAGCCAAGCCAGAGUUCUUAACAUUCCGGUUUAUGCUGUUUUUAAAUCUAAUCACUGUCAAAUAAAACCCUUGAUGUAUA